AUGCUCCUACCUGUGGUCUCUUACCUGCUAGGAAUAGCUACCCUCGUGGCUGGUCAGAACCCGCCACGGCGGUUCUUUAUACAAGUUAACGCACCGGGCAUACCGCCAUUCCUGUUAGGACCGGCACCGCUACCUCCAGCACCAUCACCGUCCUCGUCCGUGACAAGCAGCUCCGAAGCAGGCGCAGUCUGCACAAGCCUGAGCACGGCGUAUGUGGUCAGCACCGUGGUUACUACUACUACAGAGAGCCGCUCCGUCGUCACGUCUUAUGUCACCGUGACUUCCGGCGAUCUUUUGCCUGUCGUUACUGCUACCGAGACUGUCUUCGUCACAAACACCUUGACCGAGGCGACGGGCUCCGUGUCAACGACCACGGCAACGACUACACCACCGACCAUUACCGUACCUACUCCGGCCGGCUUUACACCCCUUAACGACUAUCCUCCGGUUGGCCGGCGACGAGGCAUGCCCGAGCCUCGCGAUGACACCAAGGCGGACCCGGCAUGUACAUCCACGACAAGCCUAACAACGACAAUAUUCAGUACUGCAACCGAGACGAGCACCGUCGAAGCAGACGCCCCCAUCGCCACCACCACCCUGACCACCACCGUUAGUGCGACCGGCGCCGCCGGCACCGAGCCCGAGACCGCCAGCAGCGUCAUCACCAGCACUAUAACCACAACUACAACGUCCUUGACCAUCGCCACGGAGACGGCGCAGUCUGAAGCGCCGACACCGACAGUCUACGCGCAGUGCGCGCCAGAUAACCUCCGGUCGACGUUCAAUGGGCGGGGCAUCGCUGACUAUCAACCAGUCAACUUGGAGCCUUACACAACCGAGGAUAGCCUUGAGGAUUCGGCGGAGGACUGCUGCGCGAAAUGCGCCGCUGUAGCGGACUGCUUUGGCAGCGCCUACCUCGAGAGCUCUGGAGAGUGCGAGAUCCUGAUAGGAGAUAAUUCAUUUGCCUGCAACCCGGCCCAGACGGCCUUUGAAUAUUACAGGGGAUCAGGGCCUGGCGUAGUCUACACGCUUAGCAAUGGCAACUGCGGCAAGUUUGCACUCGCUACGUGAAGCGGAGCAACACGAAGGUCGCCCACCCGGAGCCGCGGCGGUGUAUGACGACCCUUUUCCCUUUUGGCGUAUAGGCAUGAUUUUUUUCAACCCUCAGAGACGAUUAAUGGUAUCAGACAUCUGCCGCCAGGCGUCAUCUGGUGUUCCUUGUCUUCCUUGGGCGACUAGCUUGGCCGUGUGCCACGAAACGGAACGGCCAAGGUCUCUUGUAGUGCUAUACCUGCCGGUAUUCCCCAACCUUAUAUUACUUACGUAGCUUUGUUCUAGUCUUGAGCUUGAUAAAUGACGGAAAUCCUUAGCCUGCCUAGAUUUACCCGCUCUUUCCUGUCUACU